CUGUGAUGAGAAUUGUCCUGAACAUAUUAAAUUAAAUUUACAAGCUAAAUUAAUUUGGGAAAAUGAACUUUAUUUAUUUAAUAUUCAUCUAUUUGUAUACAAUAUUUAUUUUGAUCCACCUAAUAGACUCAUUAAAUAUUUUGUCAUCGUUGAAACGUGAAGUACGCUUUACCGUAUUUGAAGUUAUCAGCGUAAACCAAACUAUUGCAACGGUGAAAGAAGCAAUAUUUAAACAGUACUAUGAUAAACAAUCAAUAUUUGUUAGUGCUAUUGUACACGAAAGUAUUUCUAAACUUGAGGCAACUUUUGCAGUAUCCAAAUGUAAAAUGCAUUACAUCGAUUGUGUCAAUGUUGUAUCGUAUAAUAUUCAUGAUGUUUGUCCGAAAAUUAAAUUUCUUACACAAUUUUCUGACACUAAAACAUCAAACAGCAAUUCAGUAAAAUGUCCUAUAUUUGGUAAUUACGACAUCAAAAAUAUUACACUCGAUGCUGAAAAAUUCGGGACCGUGUUUAGUUUUCCAACAGAAAAAUGGUGGGAAAAUUAUUGGAAAUUCAAAGUUAUACUUUUCGCUGAAGAUAGAAUAGAAUUUGCUCGUACAACUUUAAAUUUUUACUUUAUAGAGUUUCGAAGCCGAAAUAAUCAACAAAAAAUCUAACUAUACUAGUUAAUUAUUUUAAGAAUAAGGUUACAAUUUGCAUGUAUUCAAGUAUCAACAAUAAUUAAUGAAAUUAUGUUAUUUAUUUUUAUUAUACUUAGGUACUAUAGUUUAAACACGUGUAUAACUAUAUAUAUGUAACU